GCCGUAGACGUUCCACUGAUUUCACCCUCUUCCUAUUGACGGGUGAUUGACCAUGGCCGACGUCACCAUCACCCACUUCGAGGUGCACGAUGUUCGUUUCCCGACUGGACUCUCGGGCGACGGCACGGAUGCCAUGAACACGGAUUGUGACUACUCCUCGGCAUACAUCUCCAUAUACACCUCCGAUCCGAACUAUGUUGGUCAUGGCAUGACAUUCACCAUCGGACGUGGCAAUGACAUCGUCUGCUCUGCAAUCACCGCUUUGGCCAAUCGCCUCAUCGGCAAAAAGCCCGAGGAGCUAUUCGCGAACAUGGGCAAGACAUGGGAUUUCCUCGUCGGAGACCCUCAGCUGCGAUGGAUUGGUCCCGAAAAAGGUGUGAUCCACAUUGCCACCGGUGCGGUUGACAACGCGCUCUGGGACAUGUACGCUCGCGCGCGUAAGAAGCCUUUGUGGAAGCUCGUCGUCGACUUCACGCCGCAGGAGCUCGUGGACUCAAUGGCGUGGAGGUACAUCUCCGAUGCGAUCACUCGCGAGGAGGCCCUGGAUAUGUUCACCAAGCUCGCGGCGACCAAGGCCGAGCGCGAGGCGAAGGUGAAGGAGCUCGGAUACCCGGCGUACGUCACGUCGGCCGGAUGGAUGGGCUACUCCGAUGAGAAGGUAGCGAGGCUGACCAAGGAAGCGGUCGCUGCCGGCUUCAAUACCUUCAAGAUGAAGGUUGGGGCAGAUCGCGAGAGCGACUUACGACGCGGCAAGAUCAUUCGCUCCAUCAUCGAUGAUCCCCAGUACCUUCCCCCCGGCUCGAAGGGUCGCGACCCUAACUCACCUGAGCUCGCGGGGAAAAACGCCGGCCCCACCGGCGCUGUCUUCAUGAUCGAUGCCAACCAGGUUUGGGAUGUUCCCCAGGCUAUCGAAUGGGUCACCUACCUCAAGGAGACCCGACCAUGGUUCAUUGAGGAACCUACCGCGCCCGACGACAUCCUCGGGCAUGCCGCUAUACGCAAAGCACUCAAGCCGCACGGCAUCGGUGUCGCCACUGGCGAGCAUGCGCACAAUCGCAUGGUCUUCAAGCAGCUCCUGCAAGCGGAGGCGAUCGACGUAUGUCAGAUCGAUUCGUGCCGUCUCGCGGGCGUCAGCGAGGUGCUCAGCGUUCUCGCCAUGGCAGCGAAAUUCGGCGUGCCUGUCUGUCCUCACGCAGGCGGUGUCGGCCUGUGCGAAUACGUCAUUCACUUGAGCGUCAUCGACUAUAUUUGCGUCUCGGGCUCGAUGGAACGCAACGUGCUCGAGUUCGUCGACCACUUGCACGAGCAUUUCCUCACCCCGUGCACGAUCAACAAGCAAGGUCGGUAUAACGUGCCCAGCAACCCCAACGAGGGGUACAGCAUUGAGAUGCACAAAUCGAGUAUCGCCGAUUACGAGUGGCCAAACGGUUCGUACUGGGUCGCCAACCCCAAGAAGGAGAAGGCGCCAUGAUGUGUCAAUGGUCCAAGAGCGACCGACAUGGAGCUUUAGUUCACUAUGGGACUUCGCCGCGCGCGUGAUUGAAUGAAGUAAUACCAAAAAUCUGUACAACUAUGAUGAUCGAAGAAACAUGAUAUGGCCUUUCAGCCGUACGUUGGUAAGGACAGAUGGUGCCCCCAUUUGCAUCGACAAAGCAGCAGUCCGGAUUAAGAUUGAAAGGUAUAGGCUACAGAUCUUCAGCUCGGAAGCACGCCGUUGGGAUCGUCCGGUUUCCAUAGCGCCUGCAGAUCGCCAAACGUGGUCCCGCUCACCAUGUCCGCCCAGUUCUCCGCCGACAAGCCCUCUACUCCGCACGUCGACAUCUCCGACAUAAACGCAAAAUCCUCGAAUGUGUUCAUCAGCGCGUCCGGGUCAUACAUCACGGAUGCGGGCGAUCCGUCGUCCUGAUGUCCCUGACCUGGUCCCUGGGCCGUCAGCCCGUCCAUACCCGCCAAAACGCGCGCGGCGGUCUCCUCGCGCUCGAUGUGUUCGCGGUGCGCCCGCAUGCGAUCCUCGUGCUGGGAGUCAACGACGGGCCCGUCCUUGAGCCAUGGCUCGCCGUUAUGGCGUUUCAUCUGAUAGUGCGCGUCGAAGAGGAGGUUGCCAAGGCUCAUGCGGGAGCGGAAGGUGAACGUUGGCUCGGACGGGUCGGGCGGGGCCGCGCCGGCGAGCUUCUUCGCGAGGAAGUGGAUCAGCUUUCCGACGCGGUCUGCGCCAUCAUCUUUCGUCACGGAGCGCGACGUGACGAUGGCAUAGGCGGUUCGGACUUCGCGGAGAACGACGUCGCGGUUGAUAGGGACCUUUUGCGGGUGAAGGGCCUGUAUACUUGCAAGCUUGACGAGCGAGAGCGUCGCGAUGACGAACGUCUGGUACACGGACUGCGGCCAGAAGAGCGCGGCGGUGUCGCGCGAGAGCGUGAGCUCGUGCAGGAUGCCGAUCGCGCGCAUUGAAGUCGAGUAGCACGCGAGCAGGUCUUGCGGCGAUGCGCGCACAAUGUCCGAUUGAAACGCGUACGUAUGCAGCUGCAGCUUCGCGUUCAAAAAGCUGACGGAUACGACGGGACUCAUCGGUGCGAGCCCGCGCUCGAUGUCGGCGAGCUCGGCGUUGAGGAGUGAGAGCAACGCGGGCGCGACGGUGGCAUCGUAUUGUCCCGACUGCGAGUGCGCGUCGUUGCCGAGCACGGUCGAGAGCCGCUGGGAGAAGCGCUGGAUGCGAAGCAGCUUAGAAAUGUCGGGAUGGAAGGACCGGAACCAUUCCACGUUGCACUCGCGUGACUGCGCGACGGUGGAGGUGACCCAGUCGUCGGUGAGGCAGGACGGGAGGCCCAUCAUCGUCGCGAGCGCCUGGUGGAUGUAGUAGCACUGCACCCAGGCGCGGGAGCGCUCCGCGAGGUCGAUUGGUUCCGCAGCGAACAACGGUCCGGAGAACUCGGCGGCGAAGUGAGGGCGGUGUAGGCCGAGGAGCAGGCCCAGUUGAAUGGCCAAGCCUGAGUAUUUCCAUGACGUGGUGAUGCUGCCCUUCUGUGUAGUGGUGAAGGGCCAUUGACAAAGUAUCAGCAGAGCUUGGAUCUGUGCCACGGAGUGCUUGCUGUUCAGCAUGAGCGCCGCGAUGAGCUGUUUGACCCCGUCAUUGAGAUCAAAUGUCAGCUCCGGAGAUCGGGCUCGCACGAGCGGGUGGUCUGGCCGCGGUCUGCAGCCCACCGAAACGAUGGCCCAGAAAAGAAGCUCGCUCCUCGCGAACGUCGCGUGAGGUUCAACAGGACCAGGCAAGAUCUGACAGAACGGAUGGUAGAACUGAAAGAACUCCUGAAAGCACGCGUGGACUUCCUCGUCGGUCAUGCACACGUUGCCCAGGGUCUUCACACCCGCGGACAUGUGCGAAGGCGCUGGGGGCGGUCGGGGCGCUAUUCGAGGUAGAGACGCGCCGAUUGUAACAUUGGCGACGGAGGUGGUGGCGCUGGUGUCCCCCUCGAUAAUGCCGGUAGAGUAUAUGGUCGGAGGGGUCGUGCUUGACGUAGAUGGGUUGUCUUCUACGGGGACGCUUGCAGAAGGAGAGAAGGGCGUUGUUCUUCGUGUGUUCACGCGUUUAUACGCUGGGUCUACAUGGCACGGGCGCGAGUCUGACGAGCUUGCGCAUCGCGUGCAUGGUUGUGGAAAGCGUUCAAGGUAGUCGCAGCGUAAUUUUGCCUGGCGGCAAUUGGUGCACACUUGCGCCGAACGUUUCCAGCGGCCGUUGCGUUUUUUGCUUGCGCUUGCGCUCUCGCCGCCUGAGUGAAGAUCGACGCUCAUGAUGGUCGUACGCCGGGUCCGCAGCGCCUUCGUGAGUCGUUCAUGGGUCUGGGAUGCCGGCGAUUGAUAAGGAAACAGCCCCUAAACGAGCCGAAGGCGUUACGGAUCUCCUAGUUCUGUU